AUGGGAACUGUGAAAUGGUUCAUGUUUAAUGUUCAUUUUUGGAGUGCACUUUUGGAUGUCACAUUGAGUUUAUUAGUCAUCCCUUACAUGUUAUUCCCAGCUGCAGCUGGAUAUGCUUUAGGACUUUUUACAAUGAUUGGGAUGGAUCUCGCGUUGCAGACUACUGUAGUAGUGAUAGAAAUUGGGAUGACUGUUCUCUCUAUUCUUGUUUUAUUUGAAAAUCGAUAUACAUUCCUCGCUGGCUCCAAUAAACUCUGGAUUCGUGCUAGAAGAAUUUUUAUUGGAUUUUGCUACGUUGUAGCCUGCACCUACUUCAUUCCAUUUAACUUUAUGGUGCCAGACCAGAGUCUAGCUGGACCAUCAGUUAUUCAGCGACUCCGCACCCUCCGUUGCUUUUACUCUGGUCCUAUUUUUGUGUUGACUCAAGAUGCAACGGUAGUCGCAUGGACUACUGCAGUCAAACUUCUUGCAGAGUUCACUUUUAUAAUUGCACUGGUUAUUCUGACAUUUUUGAAUAUACUUAAAAAGAACAAGGUGGCUUCGUUAUCAAAGAAUACUAUGGCUUUGCAGAAGAAGUUUUUUGUUUCAAUAACUAUUCAGACAGCGAUUCCAAUAGCUGUUAUCAUAAUACCUUUAGUAUAUUGUGCGUAUUCGUUGGCAUAUGAGUUUUAUAGUCAAGCUAUGAACAAUCUAUGUUUUCUCGUAAUUUCUUCUCAUGGAUUAGUGUCUACUAUUGCAAUGCUGCUCAUCCAUGAACCAUACCGAAAUGUGUUGUUCCGAUGGGGAAAGGCUGAACGACAAAGCAGAACAAUGUCUAUCAGUAUUGCUAGAUCUUUCAAUGAUAGAAAUUCCACCAUGCAUUGA